AUGAAAUCAAAACUGGAUUAUUGGACUAAUGUUCUCCAUCGAGUUAUUGCAACAAUUACUUUCUUGGCUGAAAAAGGACUACCAUUCCGUGGUAAAAAUAAUGAAUUUGGCUCAGUACAUAAUGRCAAUUAUAUGGGAUGUUUAGAACUUAUAGCUAAAUUUGAUCCUUUUUUGUCGGAACAUAUUUCUAAAUACGGUAACCAAGGGAAAGGCAAUGUUUCAUAUCUAUCCUCGAUAAUAUGUGAUGAGUUUUUAAGUUUAAUGAACAAUUUGGUUCUAAGAAAAAUUGUUGCUGAAAUWAUUGAAGCUAAGUACUUUUCAAUCAUAGUAGAUUCUACUCCAGAUAUCAGUAAACAAGGUCAAUUAACUGUUGUGAUUCG